GCUCUUCGAUUCUCUCGUUGUAGUUUCAGGCAAUCGUUUCACCACCAUGGGAGGAGGAGAAGUCGUUAGGGCGGCGGCGAAGAUGGCCGGAGCCGGAGUUGUUAACGCCGGUUUCCGAGGAUCAUCGAUGGUGCCUCAGUUUGGGCAAUUUAUUCGCAGCGCGUCGAGGGCAUCGUCGGUUUCCGUCGGAUCGUCUUCUCGGGUGCCGUCGGCGAAGGCCACUGCCGGCGCCGAGGUGGACGUUGUGCAAAAACCGACGCGGGAAAUAGAUGACUGGGAAUUCGCCAAUUUUGAGGACGAUUUGGCCGUGGACGCCGCUGGACCUGAGCCGAGGAUUGUGUUUGGGACGGUUCCUAGUUUUGAAGAGGCGAAGGAAGCUGCAGCAGAGGUGAAGGAGGCUUUGGAUAGGGCAUACUUGACUUCUUCACCAGAAUCUGGUGGAUCAAAUCUGAUUGUCUGUUCAUACAGUAAGCCAGAAUCCGAGUCUUGUUUAUCCAUUGAGGUAAGUUCACAGCCGCAGACUUCAGUGCCUCAGCAUGCAAUUCAAGCAUUUAGGCUGCUCAAGGAAAGUGCUGAAGCUCAGACUGUUGUUGCCUCAAUAGCCUCUGACCCCAAUGUCUGGAAUGCAAUGUUGGGCAAUGAAGCGCUUAAGAGCUUCUUGCAAUCCCAUCAGACCAACAAGGUACUCGAGUAUCGUGAAGAACUAUCGGAGGAGCUUGAAGAAGAGGCACCAAUUGUGAACCAUGCCGAGGAGUCGAGAAACGUCUUUGACGAGACGUUAGAAUAUAUUACGACUUCAAUUGAUGACAUGCUAGCUAAUGCAUCCAGUUUUCUUCAGAAAAUAUUUGGAGGAUUUGAAGUUUCAGGAAAUGACAAAGCAGCCUCUGGAUUCUUUCCUACAGAGAUAGCCAUGGGAUCAUCAAUUAUGGGACUGGUUGUUCUCGUCAUCGCCUUACUGGUUAUGAAGCGGAAUUAGAUGUCGAUAUGAUGUUCUUUUCGAUAAAUUUGUCGACGUUUCGGUCUUCGAAUGUCUUAUUUUGUUCUAUUGAUAUGAGACGUAUUACUGGAUUGCAUACAUGAUGGUAGGAAUGGUUGUAAAUAUUGGCUAUUGAGCUUUUCUUUAUGGUAAUUGCUGGAUUUUAUACGUGCA